GUGGCAAAGAGAAGCAUUUAAAUGAGGAAAAGAAGAGUUUAAGUGAUAAUGAAGAGAUGCCUUUAUGUGCAGCAGAUAAUCCUCACCGCAGAGGAAAUCCUCACCGUGAGAGUACUCUAUACAAAGGGAAUCAUUUACACAAGCAAGAGAAUCCUUCACAAAAUGAAGAGAAUCCUUCAGAAAAUGAAGAGAAUCCUUCAUGUGAUGUGGUGAAGACUUUAUGUGACAUGGAGAGAGCUUUAUGUGACAUAAAGAAUUGUGCUGAAGAGAGCAGUUCAAGUGACAAUGAGAACAGUUCAGGUGAUGAGGUAGAAGGACAAAGACUGGAUUCAAACGUCCCAAGUGGGUCAGAUCCUCUUCCAUCUAAAGCAGAACGCUCCUGCGAUAAUAAUGUAUCUGAGCAGUCCCUUCAAAAAACCUCACAAGCUAAAAAACCUUGCCGCAAAAAAUGUGUGCCACGGAAAGGUACACGGUCAAACUUACGUUCUAGCACAAAAAUGACAGUCAGCACAUGUAGUACAACAAAUGACGGUAAAAGAAAAUGGGACAAAAAGUACUUCUGCCUGUAUUGCAAUGAACCACACCACAAAAUUGCAAGACAUUUAGAAAGGAUGCACGCAGAAGAAGCAGCUGUAGCUCAUGCUAUCAGCUUCCCCAAACUCUCCAAAAUCAGGUCUCUCUUGCUUGACCAACUCCGUAACAAAGGCAACUAUCUACACAACUUGGAAGUUCUUCAAAGUGGAGAUGGAGAAAUUGUCACAAAGAAAAGACCCUCUUACAAUGGUGUUUCUGUGCGUGACUACCUGCCCUGCCAACACUGCUUAGCUUUUUUCAACAAAAUAGAUUUAUGGAAGCAUGAGGGCUCAUGUAAAGCCAGAAAAGGACAAGAUGAAAAGAGGGGAGGAAAAAGAGUGCGGGUCCAGGCUGCGUCCUCUCGACUUCUUCCAUUGCCUGUCUAUUCUACUGGAGGAUGUGAAGAAAUAAUACACAAUAUGAAUCAAGAUGACAUUCAAUGCCACAUCAAAAAUGAUCCCCUGAUAUGUAAAUAUGGCAAUGCACUAUCUGCAAAGCAUGGCCAUGCCAAGUCACAGUUUACUUACAUUAGUUCAAAAAUGAGGGAAUUGGCUAGAUUUGUACUUACUGUAAAUGAGAUGGACUGUGGUGUCCAAUAUCUGCAUGAAGUAUGUGUACCAUCCAAAUUCAAAUUGGCCGUUCAUGCUGCCAGGAAAAUGAGUGGUCAUGACCCUACCUCUGACAGGUACAAGACCCCAUCUCUUGCUUUAAAGAUUGGCUAUUCCUUGAAAAGAGCUACUGAAAUAGCUUUUGGGGAGAGUCGUAUGACAGAGGACCGUGAGGCAGAGGAACAAGCCAAAAGGUUCAUUGAGCUGCUUGAAAACAAUUGGAAUAACUGUUUUUCCGGUCUGUCCCUGAGUGAUGUCCCUCAGUGUGAUGAAGUUGAUGUGACUUCACUAACUGAGGAUUUGAUAAAACUUCAGAAGUUUCUCAAGGUUGCAGAGGACACAGCAAAGAGAGAAUUGCUCGAGAGCCCCACCAACGCUGUCUGGAAAAAGCUCAAUGAAACUCUUCUUGCCGAAAUAACUCUCUUCAACAGAAAAAGGACAGGAGAGGUUGCGAAAAUGCUGUUGGAAACAUACACAAACAGAAAGAAAUCUCCAGCUAGUGCAGACAUUUUCAAUAGCCUCUCAAGGCUGGAGCAGGAGCUUGGUGACGACAAACUAACCAGGGUGGAAAUUGAAGGCAAAAAUGGUAGAACAAUGCCGGUCCUACUAACGGCGAGGAUGAUCUCAUCUCUUGAGAUCCUAAUUGCAAACAGAGACAAAGUUGGUGUGUCAAAGGACAACCCUUAUGUCUUCGCACGGAGCCCAGAUGCAGCAAGCUACGUCAGAGGGUCUGACUGUCUGAGGAAAUUUGCACGUGCGUGUAAUGCAAAGAAUCCUGAAAGUCUGAUCCAUGCGACAGUGAGGAAAGAGGUUGCUAUCCAUUGCCAAAUACUAAACUUGAAUGAAAGUGAAUUGGAUCAGGUGGCAAAGUUAUUGGGACAUGACACCCAGGUCCACAAAGAGUACUACAGGCUCUCUGAAAACGCAGGACAUCUAGCAGAAAUCAGCAAAUUGCUGCUUGCAAUGGAUCAGGUUCCAGUGGUAAUUCCAGGGCCAUCUGAGGAAAGGAUUGUUUCACCUACAUAUGGGACAUAUCCAACAGGGACAGAUUCUGCAAGGACAUAUCCUUCUGGCACAUAUCCCACUGGGUCAUCAUAUCCUACAGGGACAUAUUCAGCGAAGUCAUAUACUGUAGGGUCACAGCCUUUAAGGUCAUAUCAUGCUGGGACAUAUCCUUCGAAGUCAUAUCCUUCAGGAUCACAUUCUCCGAGGUCAUAUUCUGCGGGGACAGAUUCUGCGAGGACAUAUCCUGCCGGGAUAAAUCCCGCUAGUUCAUAUCCUACUGUGACACAUCCUGCAGAGACCUAUCGAGUAGGUUCAUAUGCUUCAGGGACAUACCUAGCAGAGACGCAUGAUGCAAGGUCAUGUACUGAAAAAACACAACUUGCAAAUGCAUGUCCUGCAAGUCCUUAUGACCUCUCAUCUCCUGCUAGAUCAUUUUCUUCAGGGAUGAAUCCUGUGAGGACAUAUCCUGCGGUGACACAACUUUCGACGUCAUAUCCUGCUGGAACAUAUGCUGCGCAGACACUUCCAGCUCAAACACUUCCAGCACGUACAGUUAUUACACCAACACUUCAUGCGCAGACACUUCCUGCCCAGACUCUUCCAACACAGACACUUCCUGCCCAGACUCUUCCAACACAGACACUUCCUGUCGGGGCAGUGCCUGCGGGUGCAGUUCUUUUGGGGACAGGUUCUGUGGGGACGGGUAAGUUGGGCACAGUGUGGAAACAGAGGCCGUGGAGUGGUGCGGCUAAGGUUGCGGUGAACCGUCAGAUGGGACACUUUAUCUCAAUGAUGGAGGUUCCAGGUAAACGGGACUGUGAAGUUUGCCUGCACAAUGAACCAGCUCUAAGAGACAGGACAUGGAGGGACAUCAAAAACUAUGUGCACAACACAGUAAAAUCUAUAAAACGGAAGAAUGGCCUUACAAGAUUGGACCCCACAAAACAGACAAAGAAAGGAUUGGCAAAGAAAGACAAAGAAACAAUAGAGGCUAUGAGUGCUAAGGACUGGGUUGGUGGAACAAUGACAGCACCUGAACACUGUCAAGAGGAGGGUCUAGGGGCAGGUCCUGUGGCAACACCAAGGAAACCAAAGAUAUGGAGUAAUGAGGCUCAGGCUGCGGUCAGGCGGCAGCUAGGAGACUUCACUAAACUGAUGAAGAUUCCAGGUAAAAAGGAAUGUGACGCAUGUAUUGCAGCUGAACCAGCUCUACAAGGCAGGACAUGGAAAGAUGUAAAAAACUAUGUGCAUAACACAUUAAAGACUAUGUGCAGGAGGCAUAGUUCAGGCAAACAAAACAUGGACCAUGAAAAACCAAGUCCAUAUACUCAGAAUCCAGGGGUGCAUCAGAAAUCAGGGGUACAUCAGAAAUCAGGGGUGCCGUUGGGACUUCCAGAAGAGCCUCCUGUUUAUCUGUCCUUGUGAUUACCUUGAACUAGAACCUCCCCAGGGUUCAAGGUAAGCAAGGAUGGAGAAAGGAGAUAAGGAUUGCUUUUGAUUUAAUCUGACCAUCCUGGCUCACUCUGAUCUCACUUUAUGACAUAAAGCAAGAAUUAAGUAGAAUUUUAACCAUACCACUACCUACUUUAUUCAUUGAAGUAUCUGUAGCAACUACAUAGUAACAUGCAUGAAAACUUGUUUAGUCGAUAAGGGAAUUUUCAGAACUUCUUUUGAAUUGUAAAAUGUCCUUGGCACAGUGUAUUAUGUGGCGCCAAAACUCAAAGUCCUUUGGUAAAGGUCACACAUUUGCAACCAUGGCGAGAGGAGGCAAGUAAAGAUGGACUCAUACCUUUUUAGUUUAUUUAACAAUUCCAAUGGUCCUUUAUAUAAAGCCUGUCAAACUGAAUCUUCUGGGUCAGCAACAGCAACAAGGCUCAUGGACGCACAUUUGGAAUCGAAACACACCCCAUGUUUCCGUAAGACCCAUGUUGCAUAAAAAUACCCAAGAUAACUGACUGAAAUAUAUGCUCCACAUGCAUAGAUAACAUGUACCAAGUACAGUGAAUGUUUUGUUUUCUUCAUAGAGGGAAAAAGUAGUGCAAACCUAGACAGUUGAACUGAUGACCAUACUUUUUUGAUCACAUUACUGUUAUCCGUUACUUUCACCAAAUGGAUCUGGAUCCAGAUGUAUAAAAUAUUGUGUAUUCUUGCCUGUACCGUUGUAUGUGUAGCUAAUGUAUAUGUGUAGGUUAGGUUUUGAGUUAAAGCAACUGACCAGCAUACCUGGGAACUUAGCAGGUUAUUUUUAGUAGAUGUGCGGUAUGAAUGGGUUUCAUGGCUCCAGACUGACCAUUUAGUCGCAUUUUGCAACCAUUUGACAUGGCUGUGCAAGAAGAAAAAAAACAAUCGCAUCAGUGCGAGCUGCACAUUCUACAUUGUCACCUCACUCAAACCUUACUAUUUUUUGGGGCAGCUAAAACCAUGAUUUGGUCAAACCGUAAAGAGCAAUAUCCUCAUGAUUCCUGUAACGUAAACGUCUGUCCCUCUGCCUAUUUCGCUGGGGACUGCUGAUGUGAUGAGCAAACGGCUCUCCUCUGGGAGAAAAAGAUUGUUUCUCAUUUUAUAACAUUUCAAAAUGCAAUUGCGAUUAAAAACACAGCAUUGGAAGCAACUACCGUAGUCCCUGUCUGUAGGUAUCAUUUUUAUUUCUCAGUAUUGAGCUCUGGAACAACUAUUUUACAAACAAGCGAUUUGAUAUGGCUUUGCGAUACAGAGCGGUGCACAAACUGAACAUCGGUUAUUGCGCUUUUCUAUUUUAUUUAACUUUUAUUUAACUAGGCAAAAGUCAGUUAAGAACAAAUUCUUAUUUACAAUGACAGCCUACGCUCUCGCACACGACGCCAUACGCGUGGUUUGCGGUUGUGAGGCCGGUUUGAUGUACUGUCAAAUUCUCUAAAAUGACAAUGGAUUUGGCCUAUGGUAGAGAAAUAUUUUUUUUAUCUGUCAACAGCUCUGGUGGACAUUCCUGCAGUCAACAUACCAAUUGCACGCUCCCUCAACUUAAUCUGUCACAUUGUGUUGUGAAACAAAACUCUACAUUUUAGUGGCCUUUUAUUGUCCCCAGCACAAGGUGCACCUGUGUAAUGAUCAUGCUAUUUAAUCAGAUUCUUGAUGUGCCACACCUGUC